CAUAUGAUAAUUUACUCUAUGUAAAAUACACUCAUCAAUCAAAGGUUCAUUAUGAUUAUUUAUGUUUUUCUCUAUUUUAGGCUGUGGUUGUAAUGUCAGUCAGUGUUCACCAUGCCCAGCAUCCAGUCUAUGGAAUUUGAUAGUAAAUACCUGCCAGCAGCAUGUAUCAGUUUUUUCUUCUUUUUGUUCUUGUUCAAGUUUGUCAACCCAAACUUGUCCAAGAAAAUUUUCACCAAGUACAACACCCUACCUGUUGCCAACAAGAUUGACUGGGACACAAGAGUCAAUUCAAGUGUUCAUGCUGUGAUUGUUAGUUCAAUGUGUCUUUAUGCAUUUUUGUAUGAUGAAGAACUCAGCUCAGAUCCUAUCUGGCAUGACAGUCCAAUUGUAAGAACAGAAUGUGCUGUUGUAGCAGGAUACAUGAUGUCUGAUGUAGUAGUCAUGGCCAUUUACUACAAGCACAUUGGGGAAGUUUUCUUCUUGUUUCAUCACGCAGCUUCAAUUUAUGCAUACUAUCAUGUGAUGGUAUUUGGAGCCAUGCCAUAUUUUGCCAAUUACCGUCUGCUGGCUGAAAUUUCAACACCAUUUGUAAACAACAGGUACUUUUUUGACAUGCUGGGAAUAAAGAAAACAGACCCACUUGGAUUUACUAAUGGCAUUCUAAUGACUUUAUCUUUUUUCGCUGUUCGGAUUGUUGUAAUGCCUUUUUAUUGGAUGAGAGUAUUUGAUGUAUAUGGGACAGAGCCAUUUACAAGAACAGGUCACAUUCAAAAUGUCCUUUUAGUUACCUGUGUUGUUCUUGAUGUCAUCAAUUUAUUUUGGUUUUACAGAAUGUUAAAAGGUGUCCAUAAAGUGUUAAAAGAGUGGAAGAGUACCAACAGCAAGUGGCAGUCGUCCAAGGACUGGGGCCAGACUGGGUACAGCAGCCCCUGGACUUCAGCCUGGUACUGCCACACGAUUAACAACAGCUAUGGCUCACAAAGAAUGGUCCAAGAUAAAACAUAUUUCCUAGGGCUUAUUAGAGGGAAGUUAAAUGAAUUAAAUGCUGAGAAUGGCAGAUUAAAGCAGGAGAUUGAGAACUCCUCAGAGGAAAAUUCAUCAUUUCUUACUUAUGAAAAAAGGGCUGAAUCACUUGCAAGUGAAAUAAGAGAUUUACAAGGAGAGCUAGGGGAUUACAACACACUUGUUGACAAAUUGACUACAGAUGAAGAUAUUCAAGAUGUUGAAUUUGACUUAAAUGAUCUAAGAGCCAACAAUGAAAGAGAAGCAAAGAAAAUUGAAGAUUUAUUUGAAGUUAAAAAAGAAAAAGAGGAGAGGAUUAGACAGUUGGAAACAGAACUUGACCAAGAAAAACGCAUGGCUGAUAACUUGGUUAAUGAUAUGGAACCGGACAUGAAACAACGAUACUUCUCCCUCAAAGACAUGAAUGAACACAUGUUAAAACAGUUGGAGAAGUCACAGCAAGAGUUAGAUGUACUCAACUCUAAAACAGCAAACCUUCAAGAGGAAUUAUCAAUGUCCCAAGUCAAACAGGAGGCGGUGAGACUGUAUGAUCAGAUUAAUGAAUUAGAGAUCCAGAGGGAUAACUAUUUAGAGGAAACGAGGAAUAAACAGUCCCCCGCUGAAGAGAGGGAGAGACUGCUGAAACAGGUCAAGGAUGACAAUCAAGAGAUUGCCAGCUUAGAGAGACAGACAAAUGAGCUGAGGGAGAAAAUUGAAAAUAUCGAAGAAGAGAUUCGGCAACUUGACCUUGACAUAGAGGAGAAUCAAGGAGAGAGAAAUCAGAAAUACAAAGAAUUAAAGAAAAGGGAGGAAACUAUAGAUGAAUUCCUGAAUAACUUCGAAGAGUCAAAAGCACAAGAACUGGAAAAAUUAAAACAGACAGAGCAGAAUAUUGUGUCACUCCUGGAGCAUACAAGUCGGAAUAUGAGUCGCUUCACUGCAUUGCCCACUCCUCAAGAGCUAGGAACAAUGAAGGAAGAUCUGGAGUUUAAGACUGGUGAAAUGAAGAAAUCUGAACAAACAACAGUAGGAUUAGCUGCGGAGAGUGACAAACUACAGUCUGAUCUACAGAAGGUAGAGCAGUUAGAGGAGAAAAUCAAUACAGAACUGGUCAUGUUAAGGGAGAAGAUUUCCACCAUGGAAAAAGAACUGGAAGUUUACUCUGACCUUAGCACUCUGAAAGAAGAGGCAGAGAAAAAGAGGAGGAAACUGAUGGAUGACAGAGUGAUCUUGCAAAGAAGGAGGGAUACAUUUAAGAAGACCAUGCAACAACUGACCAGCCAAUAUGAGGGCAUGAAGGCCCAACUCAAUGAGAAUGAGACAUUUGUUCAGCUUGGUAACUUGGAGAAGAAGUGGCAGCACCAUGAGCAGAACAACUUUGUAAUGAAAGAAUUCAUCAGCACCAAGACAAUGGAAUGUGACUACAGGGCCAUAUCCAAACGUGUUUCUUCUGCAAUUGAUGAGUUUAACACAGUUCUACAAAGACAGAUGGCGGGAAAGACAAGCAUGUAGAGACAUUAUAAAAAGUCCUAGCAAUGACAUUUUGUUUGUUUAUGUGUAAUGAAUAAAUCCGUCCAUAAAUAAAAUAUUUUUCAUC